AUGGCCACCAUCACCUGCACCCGCUUCACAGAAGAGUACCAGCUCUUCGAGGAACUGGGCAAGGGAGCCUUCUCAGUGGUGCGCAGGUGUGUGAAGGUGCUGGCUGGCCAGGAAUAUGCUGCCAAGAUCAUCAACACUAAGAAGCUCUCGGCCAGAGACCACCAGAAGCUGGAGCGCGAAGCCCGCAUCUGCCGCCUGCUGAAGCACCCUAACAUUGUCCGGCUCCACGACAGCAUCUCCGAGGAGGGACACCAUUACCUGAUCUUCGACCUCGUCACCGGCGGGGAGCUGUUUGAAGACAUCGUGGCCCGGGAGUAUUACAGUGAGGCAGAUGCCAGUCACUGUAUCCAGCAGAUCCUGGAGGCCGUGCUGCACUGCCACCAGAUGGGGGUGGUACACCGGGACUUGAAGCCGGAGAAUCUGUUGCUGGCCUCCAAGCUCAAGGGUGCCGCGGUGAAGCUGGCGGACUUUGGCCUGGCCAUAGAGGUGGAGGGGGAACAGCAGGCAUGGUUUGGGUUCGCAGGGACACCCGGAUACCUCUCCCCAGAAGUGCUGCGGAAGGACCCGUACGGGAAGCCUGUGGACCUGUGGGCCUGUGGGGUCAUCCUGUACAUCCUGCUGGUUGGGUAUCCCCCGUUCUGGGAUGAGGACCAGCACCGCCUGUACCAGCAGAUCAAAGCUGGCGCCUAUGAUUUCCCGUCACCAGAAUGGGACACUGUCACCCCGGAAGCCAAGGAUCUGAUCAAUAAGAUGCUGACCAUCAACCCAUCCAAACGCAUCACGGCCGCCGAGGCCCUCAAGCACCCCUGGAUCUCGCACCGGUCCACCGUGGCCUCCUGCAUGCACAGACAGGAGACCGUGGACUGCCUGAAGAAGUUCAACGCCAGGAGAAAACUGAAGGGAGCCAUCCUCACCACUAUGCUGGCCACCAGGAACUUCUCUGGCGGGAAGAGUGGAGGAAACAAGAAGAACGAUGGUGUGAAGAAAAGAAAGUCCAGUUCCAGCGUUCAGUUAAUGGAAUCUUCAGAGAGCACCAACACCACCAUUGAGGAUGAAGACACCAAAGUGCGGAAACAAGAAAUUAUAAAAGUGACAGAACAGCUGAUUGAAGCCAUAAGCAAUGGAGAUUUUGAGUCCUACACGAAGAUGUGUGACCCCGGGAUGACAGCCUUCGAACCCGAGGCCCUAGGGAACCUGGUCGAGGGCCUGGACUUCCAUCGAUUCUAUUUUGAAAACCUGUGGUCCCGGAACAGCAAGCCUGUGCACACCACCAUCCUGAAUCCCCACAUUCACCUGAUGGGUGACGAGGCGGCCUGCAUCGCCUACAUCCGCAUCACGCAGUACCUGGAUGCGGGCGGCAUCCCCCGCACGGCCCAGUCGGAAGAGACCCGCGUCUGGCAUCGCCGGGAUGGCAAAUGGCAGAUCGUCCACUUCCACAGAUCUGGGGCGCCCUCCGUCCUGCCCCACUGAAGGACCAGGCUGGGGGCACUGUACCGCAGAGAUCCACCGUUCGUCCGUGGAAUGUGGCUGCUGGUUCUCCCAUUUGGAUUUUGCUGGAAUUCCCCCAAUCACAUCAUCCUAUCACCACCACCAUCACCGUCACCUUCAUACCUGUGUCAAGAAAACCUGCCUGUUCGCAAAAGCCAUCAUGACUUCAGAGCAAAUGGCGACAUUUCCCCGUCACCACCCGUCUCCUGCCAGGGCAGGGCUUCCUCAGGCCCACGUGCCCUGGGUGCUGGACCCGAGGACACCCCCACCCCCGCACCGCCACCAGCUGUCAUUGGCCUGGUGUUGCCUUGGCCAUAAGCCACAGUGCCCAGCUGUGUAUUCAUCCAGGGGCUGGGGAGGAGGGGCGGAGCUGGGAGGAAUGUGGCAUCCGCCAGAUCCUCUCCCUGAUCUCGCCUCUUCCAGGGUCCUCUAGGGAAGGGCAGAAGAAUGCCCAGUCCCCCGAGCCAACCUCCCCCAGGGGAGAGGGGGAGAGAGGAGCAGAUGCCAGGAGCCUCCCACCUCAAACUGCCUUCCUAACUCUUCUCCCAUCCUGUCCUGCCCUCCUGCUCUCCAGCCGACCCUCCUCCCUCAGUGUGGGGAGCGCGAUCCUCUCAGGGUUCCCCCACUUCUUUCCUUCCUCCUUCUGCUGAUGUUUACUUCCAACACUAACUGCCCAUUCCACCCUUCCAUCAGGCCCUGAGAAUUCCAGCUUCAUCGCAUCCAAGGGAGAGAAUCUGAUUGCUUUUGGGGGGCAAAAGAAAACAGCGUUUAGGUAUCACUUCUA